CCGGGCUUCUCUCUCAUUGGUAGGUUGUCUCGCGCAUCUUUGCACCGCCGAAGAAGAUUGUUGGGUUUCCGCACCUUGUCACAUACCUGCCGAGGUCGCUGCUCCCUUUGUGUUUUUGGGCUCUGUCGCCGGGCCGGUCGGGUCCCGCCUCCCCCGCCACCAUGUCCGGCACCGCCACUGUGCUUCAGCAGUUCGUCAGCGGCCUGAAAAGUCGCAGUGAGGAGACCCGGGCAAAGGCGGCCAAGGACCUGCAGCACUAUGUCACCACGGAGCUCAGAGAGCUGAGUCAAGAAGAGGCGACCACGUUCUACGAUGAGCUGAACCACCAUAUAUUUGAGCUGGUCUCUAGCUCUGAUGUCAAUGAGAAAAAAGGUGGCAUCCUUGCUAUUGUGAGCCUGAUUGGAGUUGAGGGGGGCAAUGCCACCAGAAUCAGCCGCUUCGCCAAUUACUUGCGCAACCUGCUGCCGUCAAGUGACCCUGUCGUCAUGGAAAUGGCCUCCAAGGCCAUGGGGCACUUGUCAAUGGCUGGGGAUACCUUCACGGCCGAGUAUGUGGAGUUUGAGGUGAAGAGGGCCCUGGAGUGGCUCGGGGCCGACCGCAAUGAAGGAAGACGCCACGCUGCGGUGCUGGUGCUGCGGGAGCUGGCGGUCAGCGCGCCCACGUUCUUCUUCCAGCAGGUGCAGCCAUUUUUUGACAACGUGUUCUAUGCAGUGUGGGACUCCAAGCAGGCCAUCCGUGAGGGCGCCGUGUCUGCGCUCAGGGCCUGCCUCAUCCUCACCACACAGAGGGAGACCAAGGAGAUGCAGAAGCCGCAGUGGUACAAGCAAACCUUCGAGGAGGCCGAGAAGGGCUUUGAUGAGACACUGUCCAAGGAGAAGGGCAUGAACCGUGACGACCGCGUUCACGGCGCCCUGCUGAUCCUCAAUGAGCUGGUGCGGAUCAGCAGCAUGGAGGGCGAGCGCAUGCGUGAGGAGAUGGAGGAAAUUACCCAGCAGCAGCUGGUGCACGACCGGUACUGCAAAGAGCUGAUGGGCUUCGGCACCAAGCCCCGGCACAUCACUCCCUUCACCAGCUUCCAGUCGGUGCAGUCGCCGCAGUCUAACGCGCUGCUGGGGUUACUGGGAUACGCCACACCGCAGGGGUUCCUGGGCUUUGGAGCCGCCCCCGCCCCCUCUAAGAGCACGCUGGUGGAGAGUCGCUACUGCCGGGAGCUGAUGGAGGAGCGCUUCGACCAGGUGUGUCGCUGGGUGCUGAAGUACAGAACCAGCAAGAACCCUCUCAUCCAGAUGAGCAUACUGAACCUGCUGCCUCGCCUUGCUGCCUUCCAGCCGCACACCUUCACCGACCAGUACCUGUCGGACACCAUGAGCCACCUGCUGGGCUGCCUGAGGAAGGAGAAGGAGCGCACGGCCGGCUUCCAGGCCCUGGGCCUGCUGCUGGUGGCUGUGCGCACCGACAUCCAGCCCUACCUCUCCAAGAUCCUGGAGAUCAUCAAGGCGGCCCUGCCUCCCAAGGACUUCGCGCAUAAGCGGCAGAAGACCAUGCAGGUGGAUGCCACGGUGUUCACAUGCAUCAGCAUGCUGUCGCGCGCCAUGGGGCCCAGCAUCCAGCAGGACGUCAAAGAGCUGCUGGAACCCAUGCUGGCGGUGGGGCUCAGCCCCGCCCUGACGGCCGUGCUCUACGACCUGAGCCGCCAGAUCCCUCAGCUGAAGAAGGACAUCCAGGACGGGCUGCUGAAGAUGCUGUCCCUGGUGCUGAUGCACAAGCCGCUGCGGCACCCGGGCAUGCCCAAGGGCCUGGCACACCAGCUGGCCUCGCCCAGCCUCACCAACAUCCCUGAGGCCAGCGACGUGGGCAGCAUCACACUGGCCCUCCGCACACUGGGCAGCUUCGAGUUCGAAGGGCACUCCCUGACGCAGUUUGUACGUCACUGCGCCGAUCACUUCCUGAGCAGCGAGCACAAGGAGGUGCGGAUCGAGGCGGCGCGGACCUGCUCCCGCCUCCUCACGCCCUCCGUGCACCUGCUGGGUAACCAUGGCCACGUGGUGAGCCAGACGGCCGUGCAGGUGGUGGCUGACGUGCUCAGCAAGCUGCUGGUCGUGGGCAUCACUGACCCAGACCCCGAUAUCCGCUACUGCGUGCUGGCCUCACUGGACGAGCGCUUCGACGCCCACCUGGCCCAGGCGGAGAACCUGCAGGCGCUGUUUGUGGCCCUCAACGACGAGGUGUUUGAGAUCCGCGAGCUGGCCAUCUGCACCAUCGGCCGGCUCAGCAGCAUGAACCCGGCAUUCGUCAUGCCCUUCCUGCGCAAGAUGCUCAUCCAGAUCCUUACUGAACUGGAGCACAGCGGUGUGGGUAGGAACAAAGAGCAGAGCGCCCGCAUGCUAGGCCACCUGGUAUCCAAUGCCCCCCGCCUUAUACGGCCCUACAUGGAGCCCAUCCUGAAGGCCCUCAUCUUGAAGCUGAAAGACCCAGAUCCCAACCCAGGGGUGGUGAUCAGUGUCCUGGCCACCAUCGGAGAGCUGGCCCAGGUUAGUGGACUUGAGAUGAGGAAGUGGAUGGAUGAGCUGUUCCCCAUCAUCAUGGACAUGCUGCAGGACUCCUCUUCACUGGCGAAGAGACAGGUAGCGCUGUGGACCCUUGGGCAGCAGGUGGCCAGCACUGGGUACGUAGUGGAACCGUACCGCAAGUACCCAUCGCUACUGGAGGUGUUGCUCAACUUCCUCAAGACUGAGCAGAACCAGGGAAUCAGAAGAGAGGCUAUCCGUGUGCUGGGUUUGCUGGGAGCUCUGGAUCCUUACAAGCACAAGGUGAACAUUGGCAUGAUUGACCAAUCCCGGGAUGCCUCUGCAGUCAGCCUUUCUGAGUCCAAGUCCAGCCAAGACUCUGCGGACUACAGCACCAGCGAGAUGCUGGUGAACAUGGGCAACCUGCCGCUGGACGAGUUCUACCCGGCCGUGGCCAUCGUGACACUGAUGCGGAUCCUGCGGGACCCCUCACUCUCCAACCACCACACUAUGGUGGUGCAGGCUGUCACCUUCAUCUUCAAGUCCCUGGGCCUCAAGUGCGUGCAGUUCCUGCCCCAGGUCAUGCCUACCUUCCUCAACGUCAUCCGCGUGUGUGACGCCAACAUUCGAGAGUUCUUGUUCCAGCAGCUGGGCAUGCUGGUCUGCUUCGUGAAGAUCCACAUCCGCCCCUACAUGGAUGACAUCUUCACCCUCAUUAGAGAAUACUGGACACCCAACAACCCCAUGCAGAACACCAUCAUCCUGCUGAUCGAGCAGAUCGUGGUGGCUCUGGGUGGGGAGUUCAAGCUCUACCUGCCUCAGCUCAUCCCCCACAUGCUGCGGGUCUUCAUGCAUGACAGCAGCGCCGGACGCAGCGUCACUAUCAAGCUCCUGAACGCCAUCCAGCUGUUUGGUGCUAAUCUGGACGACUACCUCCACCUGCUGCUGCCGCCCAUCGUGAAGCUGUUUGAUGCCACAGACGUGCCCCUGCAGGCGCGCCGGGUUGCCUUGGAGACCUUGGACCGGCUGACGGAGUCUUUGGACUUCACGGACUACGCCUCCAGGAUCAUCCACCCCAUCGUGCGCACGCUGGACAGCACGCCGGAGCUGCGCAUCACUUCCAUGGAUACCCUGUCUUCCCUGGUCUUUCAGCUUGGCAAGAAGUACCAGAUCUUCAUCCCCAUGGUGAACAAAGUCAUGCUGAAACACAGGAUCAACCACCAGCGCUACGACGUCCUCAUCUGCCGCAUCGUCAAGGGUUACACGCUGGCAGAGGAGGAGGAAGACCCCCUGAUCUUCCGGCAGCUGCGGAGUAGCCAGGGUGACACACUGGGCACCGGCCCUGUGGAACCAGGGCCCAUGAAGAAGCUGCACGUCAGCACCUCGGCCCUGCAGAAGGCCUGGGGCGCAGCCCGGAAGGUAUCCAAGGACGACUGGCUGGAGUGGCUGCGGCGGCUGAGCGUGGUGCUGCUGAAGGAGUCGUCCUCCCCAGCCCUGCGCUCCUGUUGGUCCCUGGCGCAGACCUAUAUCCCGCUGGCCAGGGACUUGUUCAAUGCCGCCUUCCUGUCCUGCUGGUCGGAGCUGAGCGAGGACCAGCAGGAUGAGCUGAUCCGCAGCAUCGAGCUGGCUCUCACCUCGCAGGACAUCGCCGAGGUCACGCAGACCCUGCUCAACCUGGCCGAGUUUAUGGAGCACAGUGACAAGGGUCCCCUCCCCCUGAGAGACGACAACGGCAUCGUGCUGCUGGGUGAGCGUGCCGCCAAAUGCCGCGCCUAUGCCAAGGCCUUGCACUACAAGGAGCUGGAGUUCCAGAAGGGCCCCUCGCCCCUCAUUCUGGAGUCCCUCAUCAGCAUUAAUAACAAGCUCCAGCAGCCAGAGGCAGCAGCAGGGGUACUGGAGUACGCCAUGAAGCACUUUGGCGAGCUGGAGAUCCAGGCCACGUGGUACGAGAAGCUGCACGAGUGGGAGGAUGCCCUGGUGGCCUACGACAAGAAAAUCGACAUAAACAAGGAGGACCCAGAGCUGAUCCUGGGCCGCAUGCGGUGCCUGGAAGCGCUGGGCGAGUGGGGGCAGCUGCACCAGCAGUGCUGUGAGGAAUGGACCCUGGUCAGCGAGGAGACCCAGGCCAAGAUGGCGAGGAUGGCUGCUGCAGCGGCCUGGGGCCUGGGACACUGGGAUAGCAUGGAGGAGUAUACCUGCAUGAUUCCCAGAGACACGCACGAUGGCGCCUUCUACAGGGCUGUGCUGGCACUGCACCAGGACCUCUUCUCUCUGGCACAGCAGUGCAUCGACAAGGCCAGAGAUCUGCUGGAUGCGGAGCUGACCGCCAUGGCCGGGGAGAGCUACAGUCGGGCGUAUGGGGCCAUGGUGUCCUGCCAGAUGCUGUCGGAGCUGGAGGAAGUGAUCCAGUACAAGCUGGUCCCAGAACGCCGUGAGAUCAUCCGAGAGACCUGGUGGGAGAGGCUCCAGGGCUGCCAGCGCAUGGUGGAGGACUGGCAGCGCAUCCUCAUGGUGCGCUCGCUGGUCAUCAGCCCCCACGAGGACAUGCGCACCUGGCUGAAGUACGCCAGCCUGUGUGGCAAGAGCGGCCGCCUGGCGCUGGCACACAAGACUCUGGUGCUACUCUUGGGCGUGGACCCCUCCAAGCAGCUAGACCACCCUCUGCCCACGGCUCACCCCCACGUCACCUACGCCUACAUGAAGUAUAUGUGGAAGAGCACGCUCAAGAUCGAUGCAUUCCAACACAUGCAGCACUUCGUCCAGAGCAUGCAGCAGCAGGCACAGCAUGCCGUCGCCGCUGACGACCAGCAACACAAGCAGGAGCUGCACAAGCUCAUGGCCCGGUGCUUCCUGAAGCUGGGCGAGUGGCAGCUGAGUCUGCAGGGUAUCAACGAGAGCACCAUCCCCAAAGUGCUGCAGUACUACAGCCAUUCCACCGAGCACGACCGCAGCUGGUACAAGGCCUGGCACGCCUGGGCCGUGAUGAACUUCGAGGCCGUGCUGCACUACAAGCACCAGAACCAGGGCCGCGACGAGAAGAAGCUGAGACACGCCAGCGGAGCGAGCGGCGCCAGCGACAGCGAGAGCGAGGCCGACAGCGCCGAGCACAGCCCCCUGCCCUCCCCCGGGCAGAAGGCCGUCAACGAGGACCUGUCCAAGACGCUGCUCCUGUACACUGUGCCUGCCGUUCAGGGCUUCUUCCGCUCCAUCUCCCUGUCCCGUGGAAACAACCUGCAGGACACCCUGAGGGUCCUGACACUGUGGUUUGACUACGGCCACUGGCCCGAGGUGAACGAAGCCCUCGUCGAGGGCAUCAAGACCAUCCAGAUCGACACCUGGCUGCAGGUGAUCCCCCAGCUGAUCGCACGUAUAGAUACCCCCCGCGCCUUGGUGGGCCGUCUCAUCCACCAGCUCCUCACCGACAUUGGCCGCUACCACCCGCAGGCUCUGAUCUACCCCCUGACUGUGGCCUCCAAAUCGACCACCACAGCGCGUCACAACGCAGCCAACAAGAUCCUGAAGAACAUGUGCGAGCACUGCAACACGCUGGUGCAGCAGGCCAUUAUGGUGAGCGAGGAGCUGAUCCGCGUGGCCAUCCUCUGGCAUGAGAUGUGGCACGAGGGCCUGGAGGAGGCGUCUCGCCUUUAUUUCGGCGAGCGCAACGUGAAGGGCAUGUUUGCUGUGCUGGAGCCGCUGCACGCCAUGAUGGAGAGGGGUCCCCAGACCCUCAAGGAGACGUCCUUCAACCAGGCGUAUGGGCGGGACCUGAUGGAGGCCCAGGACUGGUGCAGGAAGUACAUGCGCUCAGGCAACGUGAAGGACCUAACACAAGCCUGGGACCUCUACUACCAUGUGUUCAGGAGGAUCUCCAAGCAGCUGCCACAGCUCACCUCCUUGGAGCUGCAGUACGUCUCCCCCAAGCUGCUGAUGUGCCGAGACCUGGAGCUGGCCGUACCCGGCACCUACGACCCCAACCAGGCCAUCAUCCGCAUCCAGUCCAUCGCUCCCUCGCUGCAGGUCAUCACCUCCAAGCAGCGACCCCGCAAGCUCACCAUCAUGGGCAGCAAUGGGCACGAGUUCAUGUUUCUGCUCAAGGGCCACGAAGACCUGCGGCAGGACGAGAGGGUCAUGCAGCUCUUCGGGCUGGUCAACACAUUGCUGGCCAACGACCCUGCCUCUCUGCGCAAGAACCUCAGCAUCCAGCGCUACGCAGUGAUCCCACUGUCCACCAACUCGGGCCUGAUCGGCUGGGUGCCUCACUGCGACACACUGCACGCCCUGAUCAGGGACUACCGGGAGAAGAAGAAGAUUCUGCUGAACAUCGAGCAUCGCAUCAUGCUGAGGAUGGCCCCUGACUACGACCACCUGACACUGAUGGAGAAGGUGGAGGUGUUCGAGCACGCGGUCAACAACACUGCGGGAGAUGACCUGGCCAAGCUGCUGUGGCUUAAGAGUCCAAGCUCAGAGGUUUGGUUUGACCGACGGACCAAUUACACACGCUCCCUCGCAGUGAUGUCCAUGGUGGGUUACAUCCUGGGCCUUGGAGAUAGGCACCCAUCCAACUUAAUGUUGGACCGGCUGAGCGGGAAGAUCCUCCACAUCGACUUUGGUGAUUGUUUCGAGGUUGCCAUGACCAGGGAGAAAUUCCCUGAGAAAAUCCCCUUCAGACUCACGAGGAUGCUGACGAAUGCCAUGGAGGUGACGGGGCUGGACGGAAACUACCGGAUCACAUGCCACACGGUGAUGGAGGUGCUGCGUGAGCACAGGGACAGCGUCAUGGCUGUGCUGGAAGCCUUCGUCUACGACCCUCUGCUCAACUGGAGGCUCAUGGACACGAACACCAAAGGGAACAAGCGCUCCCGCACCAGAACGGACUCGUACAGUGCGGGACAGUCAGUGGAGGCCCUGGACGGCGUGAACCUCGCAGAGACCACGCACAAGAAGCCGGGAACCACCGUGCCUGAAUCUAUUCACUCCUUCAUCGGAGACGGCCUUGUCCAGCCAGAAGCCUUGAAUAAAAAAGCCAUACAGAUCAUCAACCGAGUCCGAGACAAGCUGACCGGGCGGGACUUUUCUCAUGAAGAGACCCUGGAUGUGCCCACCCAGGUGGAACUCCUCAUCAAACAGGCCACCUCACACGAAAACCUGUGCCAGUGCUACAUCGGAUGGUGCCCCUUUUGGUAGAUGCGACCCACCCCCAUGUCCUCCCUUUUCUACAGAAGCCCACUUUGUGGCCGGACUCUGCCAAAGGACGGCAAAGCCCUAAGCCGGUGUGACAUCGAAAGUGUCCUGCCUUUUAUUUGGUAACAAGGUCGAAACGUAAGGGGAUCUGGACCGAUUAGGAUGAGACUGUUUGGUUUAACACAAUGUUAAUAUGAUGCACUGUAGAUUUCUUUGGCAAUAAGCAGUGGAAAAAAAUAAAUGUUGUUUUCUGUGUCAAAUAAAAAUAUAUUGAAAAAUG